ACAGAGACCCAGUGAUGGAUUUUCGACGCCGUGCUAGCAAACGCGCCAUUGACUUUUCUCGACUUGCCCGGAGACGGGUCAAAACUCAAAGGCCACUGCCAUUUUUCUCAUACAAAUCUUCUUCAGGAGGAGGUGUUAUUAUUACCUACAAAUUACUUAAGAAAUAAAAACCCAUGACUUGUAUUUGUGAAAUUUCCAAGAGCUUACACAUUUGGUUCCGCACUUUCGAAGAAGACUCAUCUGGUCAGGGAUUCAAGGAUCUACGAUUUUUUCGUAUCUGCCGUACCCUGAUUUUUACUAACUCAACAGUUGCAUCUAUCUCUGUCUAGAAUUUUCCUUGAUUUCCUGAUACUUUGAUGUAUUUUUCUCAUCCGAGGUUAUUUUGAUACUGUUGGUUGUAUAAAUGUUUAAUUUUUUGAUGUUAUUUCGAUUAGAUGAUUCUGGGGUUUAAUUUUUUAUUUGUUAUUUUUUGUCUUAUGGAUCUGCUGAAAUGAUUAAACGAAGCAUAUUGGAUGAUGGUUAUGUUCUCUCGUUUUUAAUUUUUCCCUGUUAAUUCUAAAAUUCUGUCUUGUCUCUUUACAAUUAUAGUUUCCCAGCUGCGAUUGUUGUCGCACGAACCUUUGCCUUCUGAUCUUUGUACAAGUAAUUGAGGAACGGGAAGAACUGUUGGACUAGAUUAAUUAAACCACUUAUAUGUUGAAGCUGAAGUUUUUUGCCUUUUUUUUUUUUUGCCUUCGGGGAAAGAUCUUUCAAUGCUUGUUUUUGUCACCUGAAAAUCAGUCCCUUCUCAGAAAAGAUUUAUGCUUUCGUGCAUUUUCCCUUUGAAACUUUGUUCUACAUCAUAGGUGCUGAAACCCAUUUCUAGGAUGUUGGCAUUUUAACUGCAUAUAUCAAUCAACAGACAUAUAGUCAUAGAAGCCCUUUGAAGGGAUGUGUAUCUGAUAUCCAGCUGACCCGACUCUAACACCGUGUUAGCAAACAUGGAUCUUUACCAACCUAAUUGUGGUGUGAUUAUCCAUUUACUUAUGUAAACUAUUGCUGAGGUUGCUUUACUCAAUGAGCACAAGGUUGCGCAUUCUUUCCCAUUGAAGCAUUCUGCGUGUAGUUUUAGUGGCGAGAACCAGUGGUAGAUUUUACAGUUAUGACUUGCUUGCCUUUCUUAUGUGGUAGAAAAUUGGAAUCUGCUACGAGUCGUUCACCUGAGCUCAAUAAUGAGCUCUCUGGAAUACACAAUGUUACUCUGUACUCCUACAAGGAACUGAGAACUGCUACUAAUGAUUUUAGUCAAAUCAAUAAAAUUGGGGAAGGAGGAUUUGGUUCGGUUUAUAAGGGAAAACUUAGGACUGGGCAGAUAGCAGCAAUAAAGGUUCUUUCUACGGAAUCAAGUCAAGGAGUAAAAGAGUUUUUGACAGAGAUUCAAUUGAUCUCGGAUGUAGAGCAUGAAAAUUUAGUUAAGCUCUAUGGUUGUUGUGUUGAAGACAAUCAAAGAAUUCUUGUUUACCCUUAUCUCGAGAAUAACAGCCUAGCACAAACGCUUCUUGGCAAGGGUCACAGCCGAAUCCAGUUUAGCUGGCGAACACGGGUUAAAAUUUGCAUUGGAGUUGCAAAGGGACUCGCCUAUCUUCAUGAGGAAUUGCAGCCACACAUUGUCCACCGAGAUAUCAAAGCGAGCAAUAUUCUGCUCGACAAAGAUUUGACACCUAAAAUUUCAGAUUUCGGUCUUGCAAGGCUCAUCCCUCCUGAAAUGAGUCAUGUCAGUACACGUGUGGCAGGAACCAUAGGUUAUUUGGCACCAGAGUAUGCAAUUGUAGGCAAGUUGACACGUAAGGCUGAUAUUUACAGUUUCGGGGUUCUUCUUAUUGAAAUAGUCACUGGGAGAUGCAACACAAACAUGCAAUUACCCGUUGAUGAACAGUAUAUUCUUGAAAGGACAUGGCGACUCUACCAGAGAAGAGAGCUGGUAACUCUGGUAGACACAUCAUUAAAUGGAGAUUUUGAUGCUGAACAAGCUUGCAGAUUCUUAAAGAUCGGUCUUCUUUGCACUCAAGAUUCUCCGAAUCUUCGACCAUCUAUGUCAACCAUUGUCCAAUUGCUGAGCGGUGAAAAGAAUCUUGACAAUAUUAAGAUAACAAGACCGGGAUUAAUCUCUGACAUCAUGGACAUGAAAGUUAGACCGAACUCUAAGCCUAUGCCUGAUAUCAAUCACACCUCUUCCAGUUACACAUCUUUCGGCUCUGAGCACUUGGAUUCAACAUUGUCCACUACAAGAAAUUUUUCUCAGGCCACCAUGACAUUUAAUUCAGUAUAUGAUAGGAGUACUUGAAUAAAAAAUCUGCUAUGGUGUCUUAUUUGAAUAUCAAUUUGAUUGCCUUGUGUAAAUUGUUCUUAUGUAUCUGAUUCUUUUGUUUAUUUGGAACUUGGAAGAUUGGUUUAUUCUGUUGGGUUUAUGGAUGGAAUAUAUUGGUACGUGCA